CACUUCAUAAAGGUGGCCCGUAUGGACCUAAUCUUUUUGUGUGGCCUAAAUUUGCCUAUAUCCUAACAUACUGAUCUCAGUGUCAGUGGAGUGUGCUGGUGUAGAGAAAAAAAAGUAAGAUUUACGAUGGAUGACAACAAGAACAAAUGCAUCCAAGAUUUGGGCUCGGCAACUGAAAAUGUGGAACAAAGGAUUUCUGAAUUUGAAGAAAACUUAUCAUCUGGUUUUAGUUCAUCGGAUUCCGAUUCAUCAGAUUCUGAAUACAAUGAAUGGGAAGAACGGAUUCUUGAACAAAAUCGACAACUUGAUGACAUCUUAAUUGAAUUACUCAUAAGCAUGGCAAAUGGUGAUCAUGGUUCAACAAUUCUACGACCAACACGUAGAGACGCGGCUAAAAGAAAAAGGAAAAGAAAAGGUAAUGCUUCUAAAGAAAUUGCUGCACAACUUCGUGCGAUAAGGCUUAUUAGAGAAAGUGAAAAUGAACUCAUGAGAAAAAGACUCGAGUUGAAUCAACAAAAGGAACAAAAAAAGAAAGAAUGGAAGCUAAGAAAAAUGCAACUUCUGGAGCUAAACACACUGUUAAAGAAGGAGAAUGAGCUCUUGUCUCCUGAAGAAGAAAACAGGAAACGCUAUCUAAUGUCGAAGUUUUAUGGAAUCUAGAUCAAGUUUAGUAUGUGUUUUAGUUUCAACGUAUCUUUAAUGCAUGUGUAAGAUGUUUCAUUGUGUAGUUUUGUAUUUCAUUUAUGUGUAAGAUUAUUUAUUUGGUAAUUUUGUUGUGGAGUUGUUAGUAUAAUUAAGGAUGGAAAUAG